ACCCCAGUCCCCAGGCUCUGCGGUCCCGGGCAACGCUUUCCCAGCGCAAAUUGGCAAGUUGCGCUUUUGGCAGCAGACCCUGUCGCCUACGGCUGGUGAGCGAGCAAACGCGCGGCGCAGAACCGCGCAAAGGCGGCAAUCGACGCGGCUCGGCGCGUCGUCUUUCUGGCUUAAGCUGAAACUGAUUGAAAGAAUGUAUGUGUAUCGGCGAAUCUCCUUGGCGGCCUAUGCCGACAGCGCGAGUGGCGGCUGGCAGCUGCUGCGCGACCGCGGUUGGCGCCGGCCCCGCAUGGCCCGCAUGCUGGCGGCGGCGCUACCGGUGCUCCUGGCGCUGUCCUCACUGGCGCCCUCGGACCUCUUCUUGGCGGGCGUGCCACAUACACAGGGGCACCCCACCACCGCCCUGCCGGAGGAAGCCCGGCGGCACCUGGUGGCGGCCCCAGAGCUGCAGCCAGGAGGGGCGGAAGCAGGAGCUGGAGCUGGAGCGGAAGCCGGAGCGGGAGCCGGAGCCGGGCCCGGCAGCUGGGCGCCUAGCCUCACCAUAGACGCCGCUGCCGCUGCCGCCGCCGCCGCCGCCGCUGCCGCCGCCGCCGCCGCUGCUGGGGCUCACAGGCAGCCUCAGCCGCCACCGGUUUCGGCGGAGGAGGCAGCGCCGUACACCUUUGGCGGCGGCGUGUUGCCGCAGACGGGCCAGCCGCCGCCACCGCAGCACCAGCACCAGCUGCAGCUGCAGCCGGAUCAGGUGGCGGCGGAACAAGUGGGAUGUCCCAUCGGCGGCCCGGAGUGCCCUUUUGCAGAAGAGCACACGGCCGCUGGCAUGGGCGGCGGCUUCCACGGCGCUGCUGUCAUAAGUGGCGGUGCCGUGGAGGGCGUCCUGGGUGCUGCUCUGCUCGGGGCGCCACACCUGCAGGUCGACCUGGUGCAGCAGCAGCCCGCGUCGACACCCAGCAUCGACGAGCGGGCUGGGAUACAAGGGGUCUCCAAAACAGGAGUGCACCUGCCGCCGCCGCCUCCGCCGCCGCCGCCUCCGCCGCCGCUGCCACAGCCGCCGCCGCCGCCGCCACCCGUGGUGGGUCAGCAGCCGCCUGCAGCUGCCGCGGUUGGUGGUCUUGCCGGACCACGGCAGGCACCGGCAGCAGCUCUGGGCGGCUGGUCCAUCUCUGGUCUGGUGGAGCCUGUAGUGCAGGCGCUGCGUGUACAGUCGGCCGCCACGGCUGUAGACCUGGCGGCGGCGGCGCGGCUGCGGGCGGCGGCGGAGAGCGCGGCGGCGCGGUUGCGGAAGCACUUGGACGACGUCAGGCAGCAGCAGCGGCUGCUGGACGCCCGGCGCGACGCGGCGGCGGCCGCAGGUGACUACGGCGCUGCGGCGGCGCUGCGGCUACAGCUGGACGGACUGGAGGCGGAGGCGGAGAGCCUGGAGGCCGCGGCCAGGUCGUCAGCGGACAGGCUGGACAGCCUCACGGAGGCGGAAGGCGGCAUGCGGGCGGCGCAGGCGGCGGCGCUGCUGGCAGCGGCGGCGGAGCUGCGCCGGCUGUCGUCCGCGGCGGCGGGCGCUCUGUCCCGGCUGCAGGCGGAAAUGUCCGAGGUGCAGUCGCGUCUGGACACCACCACCAAUGCCCGGCGGGCCCUGGGCCAGGCGCUGUCUCGUCACUCGCAGCAGACGGACGUGCGGCGGGAGCUGAGGCGCCUGGCCCUGGACGCGGCGGCGGCGGAGUCGGCCGCGGCGGCGGCGCUGGCCGAGCACAGGGCCGCCAACCGCGCCGUACUGACUGACGCCGCUGGCCUGGUCCGUAACCUAACCGCCGCCGACAGCCUGGCGGCGGCGGCGGCCGCGGAGGCGGAGCUGCUGCGGGGCCAGCUGGCGGUGGCGCUGCAGCUGCAGGACUAUGCCCACGCGUCUGCCCUGCGCUCCAGCCUGCAACGACUGGAGGAGGCGGUGGCCGGCGGCGGCGGAGCGGCGGCGGCGUUUGGGCGGCUGCUGGAGGCGCACCAGGCGGUGGUGGCGCAGCGGCUGGCGGACUUCGGGCACGGGCUGCGGCGGUUGCAGCGUGCGGGCGUGCUGGUGGGUCUGACCGACGACCUCCGGCGCAUGUACGGGGCAGGACAGGUGGACGCGAGGGAGGCACUGCAGUUGGCCAGUCAGUUGGCGGCGGCGGUGGCGGAGCUGAACAGCUCGGUGCCGCCGCCGGCUGUGGAGCGGGACCAGGCGGAGGAGAUUGUGAAAGGGCUCGUGAUGUGAUGCGGUGUGUGUGCGUCGGGGUGCUGUGGUGUGAUAUGCUGUACAGUGAUGUGAGAGGGGGCCUGGAAUGCUGGCCUCAUUCUGCACGCGAUACGCUGAAGCCAUUCGGAUCCGACAACGUCCUUGAAGCUUACCUCCUGAAAAGGUUUCUGCCACACGUAUCGUGCAUGUCAGAUGGAGGCAGAACGGGCGUUUUAGCUUUAUAGAAGGCUUGUGUGCCAUGACGCUGACGCCCGGGGCUAAGCGACGAUGUGACAUGGCAAGGGAAGCAAGGGGUUGAAUCCGGAGAAACGAGUUACGCCCGGCCCAGGCACCGGUCAUACAUGGAAUGAUGGAAAUGCGGCGCCCCGCGCCCGUGCCGCAGGGCGAUGGGCGUGUGUGGAGCGGCGUGUGCUCCUCCAGUGUGCUGACCCCGUGGAUUUCAUCGGUUGCUGUUUGAAGGCAAGCUUAAAAUGCACCUUACAAAGGUGAAACCCCUCAUGGCAGGGCGGUGUACGGAACUCACUGAGCAACUUCAAGGGAGGUUGGAACCACUCGUUGAAGGAAGGACAAUCGACUUUACACCACUCAACUUGUUGCCAGUUGACAUUUGGGGUCCGUGGAGUGGCUGAGAGGACGUAGGAGGCUGGUGUGCGGUGUGAGUUACUGCCAGGCACUGCGCAUGACCUUUGAGGCUUUGACCCUUUGACGACGUGCAACGUUGGUUGUUACCGAGUUGACAUUGGCGACCCCACCACGAUUGCAUACCGGUACCGUGACUGGAAACUCACGGCAACUUUCAAAGUGCGAGCUUAAAUCAAAAAGUGCCAU